CUGGUGUCUUGGCGGCUUGCGACCCGUGCCGCCGGCUUCAUCCUUCCCCAAGCUUCAACAAAACGUUUUCUCCUCCUCAUGUUGCUCCGCAGGCUCCGACGCUUUGAGGAUGAAGAGUGCCAUCCCUGCUAACAAUGUGAUUGACGCGCCUCCACCGCACCUCGCAACACCUCUAGAUUCCCCCGGAACUUCCGGUUCUUUCCAGUUCCCCACCUCUAAUCUUCCCUCGCUGUCUCCAACCACAUCCCCAACAAGCCCAGCGACAUCAGACGCCAACAAAGUUCCCAUCCCCAGAAUACCAGUGCCUGAAACACCUCGAACCCAACCCCGGACCGUCCGCGCUUGCGCGCAGUGCCAGAAGAAAAAGACAAAAUGCGACGGCGCGAAACCGAAGUGUCGGUUCUGCGAGCGAUCGGGCGCGAUCUGCACGUACACCAAGUCGAAGCGCGAAAGCCAGCAGCUGCAGUUUCAGUCGUUCGAGCAGAGGAUUAACGCGUACGAAUCUCUUCUUCAGGAAAUCAUUUCCCAGAAUAAUACCCAGGACAGCCGCCUGUCGAUCCAGGAUGCCAUACGCAGACGCUUCCAGGCUUCUCCGGAUUUCUUUUCGACGCUUCUCGCCGCGAACUCGCCUCUCGAUCAGCACAUACCCUUGCCGAGGCCGGGAUUGUCGUUGAGGAGGAUGCACCAAGCGUGGCAGGCGAAUGAGAAUCGUCAAGCGCUGGUCCUUGCGCAGCAGCCACCUGUACAAGUGACCUCGAUCGAGCACUGGACGUCGCUUGUUGACGACGACGUUGCCAGCCAUUUGCUCUCUCUCUAUUUUACAUGGGAGAAUCCAAUAUGGCAGCUUGUUGAUCAGAAUCAAUUUGUGCAUGACCUCGAACGUGGCCGAACGAGGUUCUGUUCUUCUCUUCUCGUCCACAUUUUGUUGUUCUAUGGCUGUGUAAGUACAUCGCAUACUUGGAUAAAUUCCGCUAACAGUCCACAGAGCUUCUCGUAUAAUCUUACUCGAAUCACAGAUCGUUCAGAGGAAAAGGUCCUCGGCGAUAAGCUUUACGCGGCAAUACAGCGCCUCUGGCAGCAGGACAAAGACCGAGUCGACCUUCCUACAGUACAAUCCAGUAUAUUAAUUGGGCUCCUCUGCUGCACCUUUGGCCUCGAUAAAAUCGGCACACAGUAUAUCACUCGUGGAGCGGAGAUAAGCGCGCGGUUAGCGGCAAUCCUGAAUUGCCAGAAGCUAGUGUCAUGGGCUGUUUUUGACAUCCACGCGCUAGCUUGUCAGGUAUACAGGAAGCCACCUGUUCUGGAUGAGCCUCCGGCCGUACAGUUUUCUCAGGAGGAAGCGGCUCUUUUAGACGAAGGUGCCGAAUGGUGUCCAUAUCCCAUCCAGUCGCCUGUUGCGCAACCUUUUUACUAUACGGCGUCCUGGGUUAGAAGUGAGCUGGUUGCUAUAGUUCACGACAUCGCCUGCUUCGCGCUGAAAUUUCCUGCCUCAACCUUGAACUGCGAUGACUGGGAUUAUGGCCAUACCUUGCAUCAGAAACUUCUCAGCUGGAACGCAAAACUACCAUGGAGUGUCCUCCCGAGGCACAACACAACACCUCAUAUCAUAUGCCUACAGUUCGUCACCCGGCCUACUCUAAGGACGAAUCAUUAACCUUUUUAGCCUAUACUACCACGCCACAACCGUCUCGCUAUGCGAAAUCUUCCUCCAAAACGAAUCUUCCCCCGAAGCACAGCCACCCCGCUUCGACCCUGAACCUAUUAAAUCCCAGAGCCUCGAUACAAUCGGCUCCCUCGUCCUCCUGUAUAAGCACUACCACGGCUGGAAAUCUAUUCCCAUCGUAAUGCUACACUACUUUUGCGUCGCAGGCAUCCACGCCAUCUCAAAACUCCAUCCCCGCGAACCAAAAUGGGGCCUUGUUCUCGAAAGUUCCGUCGUCGGCCUCUGGCAUAUGAGUCUGAGCUGGGGACGCUUGUGUAAAGCGUUUCUGCGGAUGAUUGAACUAGUCCUGAAAGCGAGGAAACCGCAAGUGCCGUCGUUGGUUCCGCCCAAGGUUACGACGAUUUUCGCGCAGAUGAGUGGGAGUCUCUGGACGGAGAGUGAUGCCUUGGCGCUUUCGGCCGGGUAUAUUGUGCACCAUGUUCCUGGGCAGGGCGAGGGCGGGUCCAAGUUCAAGGCGCAUGCGCUGCAGGAGCUUUUGCUGGCGAUGGAGGGGUUGGCUGUGGCGCCGGGGACUGUUGAGGAUUGAACUUUACGUGCAUUGUACUACCUAUUCAAGGUGAUCAUUCACUAGUACACAGCUAGUGCCUGGUGUGAUAGUCCCUGGUAGUGACUAUACAACGAAAGUAUUACACGACGAUUGCUGGUCGAGCUCGUGCCAUCAUGAUACACGAAGAGGUGUGGCGAUGAUUGGCAGCUCGCGCGGGCCGCCAUGGCCAGCCAAAUCACAAGCUCGCAGGCUAAGGCGGAUUGUUGUAGCGGGAGUUCAGUCUGUUGGAGCGACCUUGGGUGUCGCGUUUGGUUUUGAGAAGUAUAUAUCGUUAUUAUAUGAAUUAGCGAUGUAUUCUGGAAUCAGGAUCAGGAGAUACUCCUGCAUGCGUCGAUCUGCUCGUUUGAAGCUCAGCGCUUUCCUCAUGUCCAGUGUGGUAAGCAUAUGCAGAAAUAUAUAUGAAACAGACCAAUAGAUUCAGAUCCAGCGGCGGCACUAGUCGUCGAGAGCGACAAGAAAUAAUAGAAAGAAUAAGAGUCUUAAGGCACCAGCUGAGUUCAUUCAGCGACAAUAUGGUAUUGGGAUGGAACAAAGAUUUACACACUGUGGACGGCAAG